UGCGUGUGUGUGUGUCAGAGAGGGAGAGACCUCUGAGAAGAUAAAGGGGCAUGUGAGAGCCUCGUUGAGCACACUCCUCAUUGAUCAGACCUUGGACAGACAUCGCUGCAGCACAGUGUGAAGAAGAAAAAAAAAAACGCCAAGAUGUGUUGCUCCAGUUUCCUCAAAAUUAUGAUGUUUAUCUUCAAUGGUGGCAUCUUCUUAGCAGGUGCUGCCAUCCUGGGUGUGGGAGUGUGGGUGAAGGUGGACAGCGGCUCUCUGCUGGGAAUACUGGACAAAGUGCCUGAUGCAUCGUCUGUGUUAUCCCAACUGUUCAACGUUAGCUACCUGCUCAUAGGCGUGGGGGCUUUGCUGCUGGUCAUUGGCUUCCUGGGCUGCUGCGGAGCUAUUAGGGAGAGCAGGUGUAUGCUGUUGACGUUCUUCAUUAUUGUGCUGAUUAUCUUCAUCAGCGAGGUUGCAGGGGCUGUGGUGCUGCUCGUCUUCAGGAAUGUGGCUGAGGAUCUUCUCAUGAGUGUGGAGGAGGACGUUAAAAAAAGCAUCACAGAGGAGUACGGAAGCGAUGAAAGUCUGACCUCUGUUUGGAACUCUACCAUGAGUCAGUUCACUUGCUGCGGAUUCAGGAACUACACUGACUUUGAUGGCUCUCCUUUUAACAACAAUGGAAAUUUGUUCCCAUCCGCAUGUUGUAAUUCAACCAUGGUGACAUGCACUGAAAACCUUGCGGAGAUGUCGGAUGUGGAUGGCUGCUUUAAUAAGCUGCUGGAGCUGAUAGAACACAACGCUGUGGUCAUCGCAGCUGUGGCACUAGGAAUUAUCGGUCUCGAGGUCGCUGCGAUGUUGGUUUCCAUGGUUCUCUACAAGGACAUCGGCCACAAGGCGUGAGAUUUCCUGUUUGAGAUGAGAUGACAACGUUUUAAUUGGUUGGAGAAAUCUUACUUGUAAGCAGUUUUCUUUGUAUAAAGGUUUUCCUCUUCUU